UUGCGCUGCAGGGAGAGCGCCGGCUUGCAGCGGUGGAGGCUGACUGAGGAGAGACAAACCAAAGCUCCGUGUACCACGACGCACAGCUCCGACGGAAAGCUCCCUGAAGUGGAAGGGAACGGUUUGGUUUCGCUCGAGGGGGGACGAGCUGAAAGAAACAAUGUCUUUGUAUUGCAAUUUUUUUACUUGAGGAUGUACCGUUUACGCUGGCUAGCCAGAUAGAGCGACAGAGACGAGGACCCGGAGUUGAUACUGUUAAUACCACUGCCAUUCCGCCGUUUGGCUCGGGAGGGAGAGACACUACCGCGGUCCCCGCUGCUCGGAUCACCUGGGAGAGAAAAUAAAAACAUAGAAGAAGGGAACGACUUUUAUUUAUUUCCGCACAGCUUUAAUGAAGAAGCAGACCUGCUAACAUUCUUGCAGUAGGGACCACCAGUAUGGGGUCACCAUGGAAACCAAUUCUCCUCCUGUCAAUCAUCAGUGGCCUUUCAGACCUUGCGAGAGCUGUUGCAGCACGGCCUAUAUCAUAUGCAGCAGUAUUACGAAUGAAAGCCGACAGCUCGUCAGUGCUGGGCUCUCGCAGCAGACCUCGACAGCACCACGGUGGUGGGCUGGGGACUCCUGACUGGCCUGCUUUCUCCAGUCAUCCCCUGUCAGCCCUGAGUCUGCUCAGCUCUCAGGAGAACUACAGAAGUGAAGAAAGUGAAGAGUUUGGGCCAGUUUUUAUCCAUGAGCCUGGCGAUGUUAUCUUCCCUUUGGAUUCUGAUGAAAAGAAAGUGAUGAUGCACUGUGAAGCACGGGGGAAUCCACCGCCCACAUACAGCUGGUACAUCAAUGGGACAGCAUUGGAUGCAGAGGCAGACUAUCGCUACAGCUUUAUUGAUGGAAACUUAAUUAUUACCAAUGCCAGUGAGAUCACAGACUAUGGGAGGUACCAGUGUAAAGCAGAGAACAGCUUCGGGAACAUCCUGGGUCGAGAAGCUCUUCUGAUGUUUGCAUAUCUCGGGGCUUUCAGUGGGAAAACCAGAGGUGGAGUUUCUGUGCGUGAAGGCCAAGGGGUGGUCCUCAUGUGUACCCCUCCUCCUCAUUCACCAGAGAUCAUGUACAGCUGGGUGUUUAAUGAGUUCCCCUCGUUUGUUGCUGAGGACAGUCGGCGCUUCAUCUCCCAGGACACGGGAAACCUGUACAUCUCCAAGGUGCAACCCUCUGACGUGGGAAGUUACAUCUGUCUGGUGAAGAACACAGUGACGAAAGCCAGAGUUCUGAGCCCUCCAACACCUCUAACACUGAAAACCGACGGUGUCAUGGGCGAAUAUGAGCCCAAAAUCGAGGUGCAUUUCCCAACAUCUGUUCUGGCUGCCAAAGGACUCACUGUCAGACUGGAGUGCUUCGCUCUGGGGAAUCCUGUGCCAACAAUCACAUGGAGGAAGAUUAAUGGCAACAUCCCAAAAAAAGCCAGACUCCGGAAGUCCCAGGCUGUGCUGGAGAUUCCCAACAUUCAACUGGAGGACUCGGGAACCUACGAAUGUAAAGCUGAGAAUCCAAGAGGAGGCACUGCAUUCAAAGGACAUCUACAGGUCUACACCCUCCCUCAGUGGGUCAGAAUGAUUAAUGAUACCCAGAUGGAUAGUGGAGAGAAGCUCCAAUGGGAGUGCAAGGCCAUGGGGAGGCCCCGGCCCACCUAUCACUGGCUGCGGAAUGGUUUGCCCUUGACAUCCCAGGGUCGUAUGGAAAUAGUGAAUGGCGAACUGACUAUUCACAGAGUGCAGCAGACGGACUCGGGAAUGUACCAGUGUGUUGCGGGAAAUAAAUACGGGUCCAUCAACUCUAAUGCUGAACUCAAGAUUUUAGCAUUGGCUCCUGUCUUUGUCCAUAAUCCUGUGCGGGUCAUUGCUACACUUGGAAAAGAUAUAUUGCUAGAAUGUAAACCCAAAGCAUCGCCCAAACCACGGAUAACAUGGAAGAGAGGAGACCGGAGGAUACAGCAAAGCAGAAGGAUUAUGUUGCUACGGAACAAUACUCUGAGAAUUGUUAACUCCAGCCGAGCAGAUGAGGGGAACUAUGUGUGCCGGGCCGAGAAUGAGCUGGGCUCGGCGGAGAUGACUGCCGUAUUGUGGGUAAAAGAGGCCAUGCGUGUGGAGCUUAGCCCGAUCCGAGUGGAAGUGACUGUGGGGGAGAGCGUGGUGCUGAGCUGCAAGGCCGCCCAUGACACCUCGCUGGAUGUGGCUUUCCAGUGGUUCUUCAACCAGAGGCCCAUCAACUUUCAACAGGACGGUAACCACUUCGAAUACAUCCAAACAGUAAGAGCACGAGUAAGAGCAAAACAGUCGUCCACAGUGGACCUGAUGAUCAGGAGUAUUUUGUUGAAGCAUGCUGGGAAGUAUGGGUGUCGGGCCCAGACCAGCGCCGACACUGUGUUUACAGAGUCUGAACUCCUUGUGCGAGGCCCUCCCGGCCCCCCUGGAGUGGUGAUAGUGGAGGAGAUCACCGACACCACGGCCACCCUGUCCUGGACUCGUGGCCUGGACAACCACAGCCCUAUCAGCACCUAUAAUAUACAGGCCCGCAGCCCAUUUUCAUUAGGCUGGCAAACUGUCAAAACAGACCCAGACCCAGUGACAGGAGACCUGGAGUCAGCCAUGGCAGUGGAGCUCAACCCAUGGGUGGAGUAUGAGUUCAGGGUGGUGGCCAGCAAUGCCAUUGGGACCGGAGAUCCCAGUGCACCUUCGAGAGGAGUUAGGUCCAAGGAAGCAGUCCCGAAAGUGGCACCAUCGAACGUCAGCGGAGGGAACGGCCGCAGGCACGAACUGGUCAUCUCGUGGGAGCCUAUAUCUGAGGAAUUCCAAAACGGUGAAGGCUUUGGGUAUAUCGUUGCAUUUCGUGCCAACGGAACUAGAGGAUGGAAGGAGAGGAUGGUGACUUCAGCCGACUCUACAACGUACAAAUAUAGAGACGAGACCUUCCCUCCCCUUACCCCAUUUGAAGUGAAGGUCGGAGUUUACAACAAUAAGGGAGAUGGGCCGUUCAGCAAAGAGGUCAUCAUCCGUUCCGCAGAGGGGGAGCCAAGGGAAGCACCAUCUGAUGUGAAAGCUUACAGCUUUUCUUCAUCGGAAAUUAGGGUCACGUGGAAACCGCCCAAUCCUGGCCCUGGAAGACCAAAAGGAUAUGAGCUCAGCUACUGGAAAGACAUGGAGCAGGAGGACUUGGGGAAAAAACAAAGAACUUUGAAAAACGAAACCUCCAUGGUCUUGACAGGACUAGAGGGCAACAGUCUGUAUCUCAUCACGGUAAAAGCCUUCAACAGCAUCGGCGAGGGUCCUGCCACCGCUGCUGUCACUGUCAACACCAGGAGAGCCCCUCCUGCUCAGCCUCCAACCAACCUCAUGUGGAUUCAAGAGGGCAACAACGUGACUUUAAACUGGGAUCCAGUGAAGGCAAAGGACAAUGAAUCUGAUGUCAUCGGGUACAUGGUGUUACUUAAACAGGAGGGCAAAGGUCACAACCAGGUGACCAGAACCAUCAACCCUUCCACCAUGCUCUCACUGCCCGAGGGAGGGACCUAUAUCAUUGAGGUGCGCGCCCUCAGCGAAGGGGGAGAGGGGGCGGUCAGCUCCCAAGUUCGAAUAGUCACCUCAUCCGGUGUUCGAGCAAAAAGCAAUCAGUGCUCGGUGCACUGCAUGCCACAGAGCCUAACAUGGACAGCCCUGCUCCUGGUUCUUCUGGUGCCUUUAGCUUCCUGGUGAAGCCACUGUGCCAACCUCAUGUUCAUGGAGGGAGCCACCAGUCCUCUGCUCCCUCGUUCCCUCUGACUGCCUGCUCGCUUUGGCCUUACCCAUCCCACAGGGCCCGAGGCCUGCCAAAGGGGGUUGAGUCUGCCAGUCAUCAUACAGCUCUCCAGAGUUGAACCUUUUUAAGUUUCCUGUUUCUUCUGAGGCCCUGGACAUUUAAUUUGCACAGUUCUUUCCAGCAUCACGAUACUGUUGUACUGUAGUGUACAGUGUGUGGAAAGAUGUGUUCAAUCCUUUACUUUGACAUCAUGUGUUCCUCUCAUUGAAUGGCAUCUAACUAAUUCCAGACGGCUCCUACAGAUCUGGGGCUCUACAGAGCAUGAACAAUUCCUCGAAAGCUGCUGUGGUAGUAAUACAGGGAUCAGCCAGCCUGUUUCUUUUCAUUACUUAUUUGCAUCAAUUUACCCCUUGGCUGCCUAACAAGCAAUGCAGCAGAAGCUCAGUAGAGAUAAGUGCAUUGUUUUCUUAUUCACUCAUUGAGGAGGAAAGAACGUUUUUUAUGGAACCAAGAAUCUUACUAUUUCGAGACUUGCUUUUGUACAUUGUGUUACCUUUAGAGAAAAACACAGUGGUAUGUGUCAGCUAUGUCAACUCUGUUUUUUGGUAGUGAUAAAGCAAUGCUUGGUGAUACAGUUGGAUGUAUGGAGGUAGGAAACAGGUUCAUACCUGUAGUGCUUGAACACAUCAAAAGAGAAAGACAACUCUGUACGGACUCUUGGUGUCAGUACAAAUAAAUGUGAUGUAUAUUUUUUAAA